AUGGUGGAGACUCGCCGGGGCUCCGCCGCCGCGGCCGCCGGGAAGCGCCCGUCCCCGUCGCCGUCCUCUUCGUCCGUACCUCCCCCGAAGCGGCCCAAGGUGGAGUCCCCAGGGUCACUGACGGCGUCCGCGCCCGGGAGGGCCGAGGAGGAUUCCGUGGCGGGAGCGGCACCCGCGAGGAGCACCGGCUCGGCCGAGGACGUGGCGGCGGUGGCGCAGAAAGAUCAAGGAGCGGAUAAGCCUUCUUCCGCCGUGGCCGAGAGUUCGAAGAGGAGGAAGGAGCGGGAGCAACAGCAACCCGCAGCGCUAUGGGCGAAGCUGCUCUCGCAGUGCUCACAGACUCCUCACCAUCCCAUCAGUGUGGCUCAGUUUUCUGUUGGUCAAAGCAAAAGCUGUAAUUUGUGGCUGAAAGACCAACCUGUUAGCAAAGUGCUUUGCAAGCUGCGGCGCCUUGAGCAAGGAGGUCCAUGUGAGUUAGAAGUUCUAGGGAAGAAGGGUAUGGUCCAAUUAAAUGGAAGGCCCAUAAGUCCAGGCACAAAAGUUCCCCUUACAGGAGGGGAUGAAGUCAUAUUCAGUUCAUGCGGAAAGCAUGCUUAUAUUUUUCAGCAUCCUUUGAAUGACAAAGUUCCUAAAACGGUGCCAUCAUCUGCUGUUAACCUUCUAGAACCUCCCGUUGCUAGCGUAAAGCGCAUCCGUACAGAUAAGAGAACAGGAGACACUUCAGCUGUAGCUGGUACAGAGAUGUUGGCAUCUACAUCUAAUCAGCCGAAGGAUGUAGCAGCAGUACCUCCCGUGGCAGCCAGAGAGAACAGCCAAAGAGUAGUGCGGCCAAUGGCAUCAUCUGCUUCUGAUAAAUCAAAAGGGCGUGCUGUAAGCCCUGAUAAGGAAUUUGAGAAUGGGGAAAAUGCUAAUGAGGUAAAUUCUAACAUUGAAGACUCUCCAAUGGAUGUCGCUGCAGCCCCCAUAUCCCCUGAUGCUGCUGCGAAUGAUACCUGUCAACAAAAUGGCUUUGGGCCUGAUACUCAUCUUGGUGCGGAAAUCGGUAAGAUUGCAACCUAUAAGAUAAGGCCAGUUCUGAGGAUGAUUACAGGAUCAACUAUAUCCGAGUUCGAUUUGACUGGUGAUCUUUUUAAAGCUCUUGAAGAUCAGAGGGAUCUCAUCAGGGAUCUUAACGCUUCGACCAGUGUGCCUCCAAGUAGAUGUCAAGCCUUUAAGGAUGGGAUGAAACAAGGAAUUAUUAAUCCAAGUGAUAUUGAUGUUACCUUUGAGAAUUUUCCUUAUUAUCUCAGUGAGAAUACAAAGAAUGUGCUCUUAUCAUGUGCAUUCAUACACUUGGAAAAGAAGGAAUUCAUCAAGCAGUUUGCUGAGAUUUCAUCAAUAAAUCAGCGAAUUUUGUUAUCUGGUCCAGCAGGUUCCGAGAUUUAUCAGGAAACAUUGGUAAAGGCACUUGCCAAACAUUUUGGUGCUAGACUCCUUGUCGUGGAUUCACUUUUGCUGCCUGGGGCACCUUCCAAGGAUCCAGAAUCCCAGAAAGAUGUUGGGAAGGCUGAUAAAUCAGGGGAUAAGGCAACUGCCGAGAAGUUUGCAAUAUAUCAGAAGCAUCGUUCUUCGUUGGCAGACACUGUUCACUUCAGGAGGCCAGCUGCACCAACUUCCAGUGUGAAUGCUGAUAUUGUGGGAACAUCCACUCUGCAUUCUGCAUCUCUACCGAAACAGGAAUCGUCAACAGCUACAUCCAAGAGCUAUACUUUCAGAGAAGGUGAUAGGGUGCGUUAUGUGGGUCCAGCUCAGCCAUCCUCUUUGUCACAAAGGGGACCAAGUUAUGGUUAUCGAGGCAGAGUGAUGCUUGCUUUUGAAGAUAAUGGAUCCUCAAAAAUUGGAGUCCGAUUUGACAAGCAGAUCCUUGAUGGUAAUGAUCUUGGCGGUUUGUGCGAGGAAGAUCAUGGCUUCUUCUGCUCUGCUGAAUUACUGCGCCCAGACUUUUCUGCUGGUGAAGAAGUUGAGAGGCUAGCUAUGACCGAGUUAAUAGAGGUCAUUUCAGAAGAGAACAAAGCUGGACCUCUGAUAGUGUUACUUAAGGAUGUAGAGAAAUCAUUCACUGGAGUUACAGAGUCACUUUCAUCUUUGAGGAGCAAACUUGAAUUGCUUCCAUCUGGUGUUCUUGUUAUAGGAUCCCACACCCAGAUGGACAGCCGCAAAGAGAAGGAUAGCUUUGGUAGCAGGUUGCAUGAAAGAAGCAAGGAAAGUCCAAAGGCAAUGAAACAUCUAAAUAAACUUUUCCCAAACAAAAUUUUGAUCCAGCUUCCGCAGGAUGAAGCUCUGCUUACAGAUUGGAAGCAGCAGUUGGAUCGUGAUGUUGAAACACUUAAAGCCAAAUCAAAUAUUGGUAGCAUUCGCAUGUUUCUGAGCCGCAAUGGAAUUGAAUGCAAUGAUCUUGAAGAAUUAUUCAUCAAAGACCAAUCACUGAGUAAUGAAAAUGUGGACAAGAUUGUUGGGUACGCAGUGAGUUAUCACCUUAAGCACAAUAAAAUUGAAACGUCCAACUCCAAGGAUGCUAAACUUGUACUCACAAGUGAAAGCCUUAAGCAUGGGCUCAACAUGCUGAGCAUGCAAAGUGAUAACAAGAGCUCCAAAAAAUCACUGAAGGAUGUUGUCACAGAGAAUGAGUUUGAGAAAAGGCUUUUGGCAGAUGUUAUACCACCUAAUGACAUUGGAGUUACCUUUGAUGAUAUUGGAGCCUUGGAGAAUGUAAAGGACACGUUAAAGGAGCUGGUGAUGCUCCCUUUACAAAGACCUGAAUUGUUCUGCAAAGGGCAGUUAACAAAGCCUUGCAAGGGAAUAUUGCUUUUCGGACCUCCUGGCACUGGGAAAACUAUGCUUGCCAAAGCAGUAGCAACUGAAGCAGGUGCUAAUUUCAUCAAUAUAUCAAUGUCGAGCAUUACAUCGAAGUGGUUUGGUGAAGGAGAGAAGUAUGUAAAGGCUGUUUUCUCACUAGCAAGUAAAAUAGCCCCCAGUGUUAUAUUUAUUGAUGAGGUCGAUAGUAUGCUAGGAAGGAGAGAAAAUCCAGGGGAGCAUGAAGCGAUGCGCAAGAUGAAGAAUGAAUUUAUGGUAAAUUGGGAUGGGUUGCGCACUAAAGAUAAGGAGCGUGUACUUGUUCUUGGUGCUACAAAUAGACCGUUUGAUCUGGACGAGGCUGUGAUUAGGAGGUUCCCCCGCAGGUUAAUGGUAAACUUACCCGAUGCAUCAAAUAGAGAGAAAAUUCUAAAAGUAAUUUUGGCAAAAGAAGAGCUGGGAUUGGAUGUUGAUCUGGACUCACUUGCCAAUAUGACUGAUGGUUAUUCAGGAAGCGACCUUAAGAAUCUGUGUGUGACCGCAGCGCAUUAUCCCAUUCGAGAAAUUCUGGAGAAGGAAAAGAAGGAGAAGAAUUUGGCUAAAACAGAAGGUAGGCCAGAGCCUGCAUUGUAUGGAAGCGAGGACAUCCGUCCUCUUAGCAUAGAUGACUUCAAAUCUGCCCAUGAGCAGGUUUGUGCGAGCGUUUCGUCUGAUUCAGCAAACAUGAACGAGCUUCAUCAAUGGAAUGACCUGUAUGGUGAAGGCGGGUCAAGGAAGAAGAAAGCGCUGAGCUACUUCAUGUGA